AUGGUAGGCAUGUCGGCAACAACCACAAACGGUCUGAUGUUUGGCACAUCCACGAUCGAUGUCGUCAUCAAGAGAAGGCGUCUAGAAACUGUCGGAGACGACAACUUUUACAACCACAUUGGCGGCAGCUUGUACGUGUUCUCAAGCGCUGAUACUGUAUUUUCGUCACAAAAGCAUGCUAUCACCAUUUCUGUGCCGUUUCAAUGGCUCCUCGGUGCAGUUCCCGGAAAACAAGCUGCGCAUGAAAUGGAACUUGCUUUGAUUGAAUCCAAUAUCUGCUGCUUUGCUUUGGAUGCCAGAUGCCGACUUGAAUUGGGGUCGUAA